CACUUUCGUACGCGCAGACUAUAGACGACAGUGGGUACCGGUUGUUGACUACAUCUGACAACGGCGUGUGUGAAUGCAGAGUGAAGUCCCCAGAAGUGUCAAGACCAGUAGAUCUUUGUACCCCUCAAGCAAAAUAUGACAAACUUGAGGAACUUAAAACAACAGCCUCCAGCAUAAUAGAAUUUUUCAAGAAACUGAGCACAAAGGGGCUCAAGGACAAGUUUGUGGAACUCACUGCCAGAGUUGAUGCUAUUGAUUCUAAGAUGGAUGGCCUUAAGGUGGCAGUCAGUGUCCAGAACCUGACAGUGCUUCAACUUGAGUUGGAUAUCAUGUCAGAAUUGGUUGACCAGAUCCCAGUUACAGAAAAGAACAAAGUAACAUUGAUAUUGAUGAGGGAGGAGAUAGAAAACAUGUCAUCUAUUGUUGGACACUUCCUUAGUCAGGAUCCGGUUGAUAGUGACACCGACUUGUUGGCAGAGAUUACCCAACUGAGAGCUCAAUUGGCCAAGUUGAAGGAAUACCUAAGGGACUUUGAUGGCUAUAUCUUCCCCGGAGAUUUGACAAAACGUAUGUACGAGUGCUCUAGUAAUCCUGCCUAA